CAGUGUAGCCCAUUGGAUUAGACGAAGUGAGUGUGGAGAGCCUAAAAACGGCAAAUCAAAAUGUUGCAGUUCCCGGCGUACAUGACACAGUACCCCUGGUCAACGAGGACGAUUCCGACUUCAUGUCUACUACCGUCGCAGUGGCCUCAACCUCACAGCGAAGAGCUCCUGCUCGCCAUGGAGGAAUCCGAUUUCGAAGAGAAGUGCAAUGAAAUCAGAAAGACUAACAGCAACAUCCCAGUAAUCGGUAAAACUACUGUUGAUAAUGAUAGAGAAGACUUUGAUAAUGAUGCGGAUGAUGAUGAUCCUGAUAAUGCAGAGGAAUCUGAAGGUGAAGAAUUUGAGCAGGAAACUGGCUGAAGAUAGUUGCUGCUAUUGCAAUUCCUUAAACUUUGUUAGAAAAUUUUAGAUGUCAAACUGAGCUUGUGAACCCAUCGCCUAAAAUCAAGGAAAAGCUCUGGCUUUAAAGUUUUAUGUAAACUUCUAUACUCUUAACUGGGUUGUUAAUUUUUGCAUGAACGCGCAACAUUGAAUAUCUUCACCCCUGAAAGACAAUGUGUUUAAGGUGUUUGUGUGGAUGUGGAUACACUACGAACUGCAUCAUUUAGCUCCCAUCCGUUUUUCAGUUUUGUUUUGUCGUUCAUGACUUGACGGCACAAUUGAUAUGGCAUAUGGGUUCUGUUGUGUCUUGCAAA